AUGUCAAGGAUCUCGAAUCAGAGAAUUUGGCUGUUAGCAAUUUCAUUUGUAACAAGUCUGCAGAGUACAAAGGUACUUUCAGAAUGGAAGAAGUGUGGUGAUCGGGAAUGUGAGGUGGCAAUGAGCAGAGUUCAAGCCACCACAGACUACGUGGGGCCUGACUGCCGGUAUCUUAACUUCAAAGCAGGGGAAGAGAUAAUAGUAUACUCCAAACUUUCAAGGAUAAAUGAAAACUUUUGGACAGGAAGUAAAGGAAAGGAUUUUGGAUAUUUCCCAAAAGAGGCUGUGAAGAUUGAGGAAGUUUUUAUUGUAGAAGAAGUUGAAGUGCUCGCUAAGGAAACUGAUUUCCUUUGCCUUCAUGGAGAUAAGUACACUUUUGAAAAUGAAGACAGCACAUUUCAGGAUCACAACAAAGAAAACGAACAUUCAUCACCGGAUGCAGAAUCAAAGCUGCCCAAAAAUGAAGUCUUAAAAUAUACAAGGGACUCCAUGCAAAUGGAAGAGAGAGUCAAAUCAGCUUCUGAAAACGAUUCCAAGGAAUCUCACACUCAGGAGGAGUCUGGAAGCAAAAAGUUGCUCAGAAAAGAUGAUAACAGGAGACAUGAUAAUGAAGAGUCACAAAUGCAAAAUAGUCUCCCAGUGGAACCCAUUCCAACUCAAUCCAGUUGGAUUGCAGGAUGGUUCACCACAGAAAGCAAAAAUGAUGAAGAGCCAUCAGAAGCCAGUACUGAAUAUUUAGCAGAAAAUACAUAUAGAGGCAGAAAAAUAGUGGUAAAUUUUGAAAACGAGGAGCCAAGUGAUAAGGAGGAACAAGAAUCCUCAGCAUCUGCUUGGUUUCAAGGUGGACUGACAGGCUUUCUGUAUUUUGGUGAAGAAAAAGUGGAUUUGUCAUCAGAAAAGAAUGACCUACAAAUCCAUGACAUUUCUGGUGUGCCUGGGCAAGAAACAGCAGGCACAGCAUUACUGACAAAAGAGAGUAAAAGCCAAGAAUCAAAAUCAAAUUGGUUCAGUUUGGGUUUAGGUGAUGUUCUUAAUUUUGGCCAUUCUGAGAAAGAUCCAAUUGCUAUGGAGGACCAGUACAGCAGAGAAACAGAGGAUGAAGCAAACAAGAACGAAGUAGUGCAGAUUUUAGACCAGAAAGAAUCACACACAGGCAAAGAAAUAGAGGUGAGACUUAAAGCAGUGACAGGUGAAGAAAAUGAAGAGAACUGUGCACAAGAAAUAAUAGUUUCAAACAGUAACAUACCAAAUCCUGGGGAGAUGCCAGCAAGUGUGGGUACUCUUAAUGACACCAAAAGCACCUCAAAUAGAACAAAGUCAUCUUUUGAUAUUCUAACAAGUGACAAAGAGAAGCCAACUGAACCCUCCCAUUCAGAACAAGGCUUGGUAUCAGAAAGCCAACUGCUGAAAAACGCUGAAGCUAAAAAGAGAAAUCAGGAGUCAGAAAGCAAACAUGGACAGUCAGGGAUAGGCAGAAGGAAGCUACUAGAAGAAACAUCAGAGAAAGAACAUGAAAUGGACGAAGCUGUAGACAGUGAUCAACAUUCAGGAAAUCCUGAAGAAAAAAUGUACAAUUCAGUAGCUGACUCUCCAUUUGAUGACACACAGCCUGUCUCAGUUGCCAUGCAGAGCUAUGUGCCUAAUAAUGAAGGAGGAUGGAUAUAUCAGAUACUUCUGUGCUUGAAUGCUUCUGAGAUCAGGGAAUUGAUAAAAUCCGGGUUUUCAGCAGUGCUGAGUAUUAUCAAAGAGGCUGUGGCUUCGCUGCCUGAAGAUAUGAGACCUGGUCCUGAUUUGUAUGGUUUCCCCUGGGAAAUAGUGAUUUGUGCUGGCGUUGUUGGAGCCUUUACAGUGCUCUUGUUCCUAUAUAGAAGUUAUCAAUCAGUCAGAAGUCGACUUUAUGUAGGAAGGGAAAAACAGCUUGCCAAAAAAAUUGCUGAACUAGUUGAAGACAAAUGCAAAAUUCUUCAAAAACUCAGCCUUUGCAAAAAAGAGUUUGAAGAUCUAGAAUUGUCUCUGAAGGAUAAUAAUGUUAUGAGAGAAUCAACAGAUGCAUCUUUUUUUGAGGAAAUGCAUGAAAGACUGAACAAGUCAAAUUUGGAGCUCAAGCGAGAAAUAGAGAAUCUAGAAAAAGAACUGGAAGAGGAAGAAUCUAAACAAUCAGAAAGUGAUAACUUGGUGGCUGAAAUUCAGACAAGAGUGGAGUCUUUAGAGAGUGAAGCAAAGUCCAUCCAGUCACAAAUUGAUGAGGCCAAGUCCACCCUAAAAGUAUAUCAGAUUAAUACAGAGAGACUCAAGACAUCUCUUCAAGAUGCAAUAGAUGAAAACUGCCAUCUCCAGGAAAGUGAGAAGCAGCUUUUGCAAGAAGCUGAAGGAUGGGGUGAACGAUUCAGUGAACUAAACGAACAAACAAAGAUGUUUGAAUCAUCUAAAGCAGAUAUAGAAGAAGUACUGAAAAAUAAAGAGAGUCAAAUCAAGUCGCUGACACAGUACUUACUGAAGAUGAAAGACUGGAGUUCAGCUGUAAGAGAAGAUGAUGACACUGAAGAUAAUAACUGGGAUGCAGACAUAAAGGGUGAAACAGAGAAUGGAGAGCACUUAGAUGAUCAGCAAAAACGAACUGUGAAGAAACUGAUCUAUGCUGCAAAGUUAAAUGCUUGUUUAAAGACCCUGGAAACAGAAAGAGACCAAAUGUAUUCAAAACUGUCUGAUGAAAAUAAAGCUAAAGGAGAACUUACAGAACGUAUAGAAAGCCUUCAAAGUCAACAAGCUUCCUUGCAAUCUGAAAAUGAACAUUUUGAAAGCGAAGUUCAAAAGCUUCAGCAGAAACUGAAAGUAAUGACUGAACUUUAUCAAGAAAAUGAAAUGAAACUACACAGGAGGCUGACAGUAGAGGAGAGAGAACGCCUACAGAAGGAAGAAAAGCUUUCCAAAGUAGAUGAAAAAAUUAAUCAUGCUGCUGAAGAACUAAACAGCUACAGACAGCGAGCAAAAGAUCUUGAAGAAGAGCUAGAAAGAACCAUUCGUUCUUACCAGAAUCAGAUUACUUCACAUGAGAAAAAAGCUCAUGAUAAUUGGCUAACAGCCCGAGCAGCUGAGAGAAACCUCAAUGAUCUAAAAAAAGAAAAUGCGCAUAACAGACAAACAUUAACUGAAAUAGAAUUUAAACUUGACCUUUUAGAAAAAGAUCCUUAUGCUCUUGAUGUUCCAGUUAGACCAUUUGGCAGAGAGCAUUCCCCAUAUGGACCCUCACCCAUGGGCCGGCCUUCAUCUGAAACAAGAGCUUUUCUUUCCCCUCCAACUUUAUUGGAGGGUCCUUUAAGGCUUUCACCUAUGCUUCCAGGUGGAGGAGGAGGAAGAGGAUCCAGAGGACCACCUGCCAUGUAUGAAGGUGGCAAUGAAAGAGGAGAGCUGAGUUCUGACAGAUUAACUGAUCCCCACAGACCACCAUCAGAUACUGGAUCCCUCUCUCCUCCUUGGGAUAGAGAACACAGGAUGAUUCUGUCUCCACCAGGUGAGCCUUACACUGAUCCAAUUCUUCCUCCUCGAAGACAAGAAAUAUUUUUCCCUAAUCCUCCAAAUACUGGAAGACUUUCUGGACCAGCAGAACUACGAACUUACACUGUGCAGACUUUUGAUAAAACAGAUGGACAGACAUCUUCAGAAAAUAGCCCACAAGCAGAACCAAGUGGCAGUGAUACAAAAGAUCAUUCUAACAUGAGUAACUCCCUACCUGAUCAGACACUGGUAGCAGAAAGCGAAGCUGUUGGUUCAGGGUUUGCUCCUCCACCUUUCCCUCCAGUCAGGCCUCCGUUCAUGCCUAUGGAUCCUAGACCACCUUUCAUGAGACGAGGACCUCCUUUUCCUCCUCCUCCUGCUGGCAUGUUUGGACCACCUGAAUGUUUUCCAGCACGAGACUUUGGGCUUCCACACCCUCCACUGCCAAUACGAAAUCCAUUUCCAAUGAGAUCUUACCCUCACUACCCAUCUCAACGGCCUGGAUUUUUGCCUCCACCACCGCAGCCUCCUGCCAAUAGAAUGGAGCCACCCCAGCCGAAUCCAUCAGCUGUAGAACAACGAGAAGCACAGCAGGAGACUUGACAGGCACUGGAGCAGUGUGCUGAGCAGUUUCUGUACUCUGAGGGCAUCUGUCCUUCUGUUAAGUAACCAUUGUUACUUAGGUCUCUACAAACUACUUUGCUCAAAUUGAAGCUUAAUAGAAAAUUCUCAGGAUAGUAUUUUGUAAAUAAAGAACAAAAAUAACUAUGAAUAUUGUGAAUAAGUGAGUUCAGCUGUACAAUAGUAAUUUUAAAUUAAGUAUUUCUAACUUGAGUCUUCUCUUCAGAGGUGUAUAAAAUUAAAUCACGUGGAACCAUAUUUUAAAAGUCCAGCUGCUUUGUUCCUUGUUUAGCUGUACAGGGACUCUUUCUGCAUGCCAAAAGUGAUGUCUGCUGCUUUAUGAAUAGAAUGUGAAAACAAACUGAAAAUUAAUA